GGGAAUUUCCCGCAGGGCGGAAGCGCCAGAGGUCCCGGCUGAGCCCAGCGACAGGAGAGCGGCCGCUGGGGGCUCCUGAGAUAGAGGGGGGCCAUGGCCGGGGUCGCGUGCUUGGGGAAAGCUGCGGACGCCGAUGAAUGGUGCGAUAGCGGCCUGGGCUCUCUGGGUCCUGACGCAGCGGCCCCCGGAGGACCCGGGCUGGGCGCGGAGCUGGGCCCAGGGCUGUCAUGGGCACCCCUCGUCUUCGGCUACGUCACUGAAGAUGGGGACACGGCGCUACACCUGGCAGUGAUUCAUCAGCACGAGCCCUUCCUGGAUUUCCUCCUAGGCUACUCGGCUGGCACUGAGUACCUGGAUCUGCAGAAUGACCUAGGCCAGACAGCCUUGCACAUGGCCGCCAUCCUGGGGGAGGCAUCCACAGUGGAGAAGUUAUAUGCAGCAGGUGCCGGCUUGUGCUUGGCAGAGCGUGGGGGCCACACUGCACUGCACCUGGCCUGCCGUGUGGGAGCGCACGCCUGUGCACGGGCGCUACUCCAGCCCCGCCCUCGGCGCCCCAGAGUAGCCCCUGACACCUACCUCACUCAGGGCACCGAUCACACCCCAGAUACCACCCACACCCCUGUUGCCUUGUACCCCGAUCCUGACUCGGAAAAGGAAGAAGAAGAGAAUGAAGAGGACUGGAAGCUGCAGCUGGAGGCUGAAAACUACGAGGGCCACACCCCGCUCCAUGUGGCCAUCAUCCACAAAGACGCAGAGAUGGUUCGGCUGCUUCGAGAAGCUGGAGCUGACCUCAACAAACCGGAGCCCACAUGUGGCCGGAGCCCCUUGCACCUGGCAGUGGAGGCCCAAGCAGCUGACGUGCUGGAGCUUCUCCUGAGGGCUGGUGCGGACCCUGCGGCGCGCAUGUAUGGUGGCCGCACCCCCCUGGGCAGUGCCACGCUCCGGCCCAACCCCAUCCUUGCCCGCCUGCUUCGAGCACAUGGAGCCCCUGAGCCUGAGGAUGAGGACGAGAAGCCUGGCCCUUGCAGCAGCAGCAGCAGUGACAGCGACAGUGGGGAUGAGAGCGCUGAGUAUGACGACAUCGUGGUGCACAGUGGCCAGAGCCCCAGCCAGCUACCUUCCACCUCAGCCUCAAAACCUCCUGCCGACGACCCUGACCCUGCCUGAUUGUUCAACUGUUAAUAUAAUUUCCAAUUUAAUAAAACCCCGGUUCUGACAGUCAGA